AUGACUUCUCGGGGCAUCAGGCGGAAGAAAUCUUCGCUGUCUGAAGUUAAAGUUGCGGUAGUGGGUGCACCUUCUGUCGGAAAAAGUGCGUUGACAGUCCGAUUUCUCACAAAGCGGUAUAUCGGUGAAUAUGAUCAUCAGCAAGAAAGCAAAUACAAGCACGAAGCACUUCUUGACGGUGAACCAAUACUUUUUGAAAUAUUGGACACAUGUCCAAAGACUCUAGAUGAAUUGCCAGGGAGUGAAGUGGCUCAGUGGGCGGACGGACUGUUUCUCGUUUAUUCUAUAACUGAUCGGGAAUCAUUCAACUACAUACGACGAGCGAAACAGAACCUGCAUCCAGAAGUACCAAUUACCUUAGUAGGAAAUAAAGCGGACAUGGUCCAUCUGAGACAGGUCAGUCAAGAAGAAGGUGAAAUCUUAGCCAAAGACUUUGAGUGUAGCUUCGCAGAAAUAGCGGCAGCUGAACAAGUGAACCAGGUCGGCGAAGUAUUCUUUGAUUUGUGUCGUGAGGUUCUGACGCAUCGUAGAAGAGCCAAACAUAGUCUUCUAGAUAGAAUGUUGGGAUCAAAGACAGCAUACAGAGUAUACUCUCGUGGCAAGAGUGACAGCGCUCUACCCAAAGACUAA